UCGCGCGAAAUGUUGUGCCGGUGAUAGCAGCUGAAGCUCAAAACCACAUACAAAUAUUUAAAAAUUUAAAACAGCGCAUUAAAAGUGAGAAGAAAAUAUUUCAGUGAACGCGCCUUCAGUGAACGUGCGCAGGCGUAAAAGGGUGUGCGUGUUUCGUAUGCGAUUUUCAAGCGACGUGAUUAAAAUAAAAAGAGCAGAAUAAUAGUAUUUAUAUAAAAAACUCUAAUUGUGUUAAGCACUGAUCCACUUUGAAACUGUAAAAAUAUAUUUAAGUUCUUAACUGUUUAAAAGUCACAGUCGGCGAAACAAGUAAAUAARGCAUAAACUAAUUCGCGCGCUGCCAAGUGCAUAUAAAUCAACAGUUAAUCGCAUGUCUUGCCACAAUUAGUGGCAUGCAACCAAAGCCGCACGGCGGCUAGAACAAUAAGAAACCGUUUGAAACAAAAUUGCGGAAUGCAAAAACACUGAAACUGAAGCACUUAACUUAACWACUAGAAAAAAAAAAUAACAUUGCAAUAACAAAAUAGCGAAAAUAACAUUGCCAACAAAUUGCGAAAAAAAAUUCAGUGCAACAACACAAUCACCAUAAAAGCCAGCAGCUAAACAACACGCGCACAUAUUAAGUGCUUUUAAAAGCAACUAAACACUACUAAUUGCAUAAUCAUUAAUACAUAAAUACACAAUUCAACGUGUCACUGAUUGCGCGCCAGUUGCUUUGAGUGUGUGUAUGUGUCGCACAUCACUGCAUGUAUUGCAUAUAGCAAAAUGCUCAAAAUGURCCACUUACGUCAAACGCAAUUUAUUCUAAUAAUAAUUUCCUGCCUACUGUUGCACGUCACAAGAACAACAACCACAACCACAACGAAAGACACAUCGACAGCGGCCUUAAAAAAUGGCAAAAGAACAGCAYUCGUUGAUGUUGCAACAGCAGGCGCAUCGCCCACUGUCGCUGCAGCAAACAUGAUUCCWGGAAAAUAUCAUGCCUACACACARCAUGCGCAGCAGCCGAAGAAGCUGCAUGUGUUGGCCAAAGCAGCGCACCAAGCGCCGACGCAGCAGCAGCAACACUAUCAACAGCAGCAGCAACAGCAGCGRCAGCAACGUGUGGACKCUGUCAAACCUGUCGCUAUUCCCAGCAGCAAGCUGAAUCCCAUCAGAAAUUGGUUUGGCAUAUUUAAUCGGAACAACGCACAGGCGACAACGGCCGCCGCGACGGCGCAUGACACGGCGGCAACAACAUGUAAUUGCAGAUGCGGCGAGCGGAAUGACGAAUCCCGCAUAGUUGGUGGACAAACGGCCGGCRUUAGCGAAUACCCAUGGAUGGCGCGUCUCAGCUACUUCAAUCGUUUCUACUGCGGCGGCACACUUAUCAACGAUCGUUAUGUACUCACCGCAGCGCAUUGUGUCAAAGGUUUCAUGUGGUUCAUGAUCAAAGUGACAUUUGGCGAACAUGAUCGUUGCAAUGAUAAAGAGCGACCCGAGACACGCUUCGUGCUGCGCGCCUUUAGCCAGAAAUUCAGCUUUUCCAAUUUUGAUAAUGACAUCGCUUUGCUGCGUCUAAACGAUCGUGURCCAAUUACGAGCUUCAUACGACCAAUCUGUUUGCCACGCGCCUUGGAACGCAAUGAUCUCUUCAUUGGCACCAAAGGCAUAGCGACCGGUUGGGGCACAUUGAAGGAGGAUGGUAAACCAUCGUGUCUGUUGCAAGAGGUGGAGGUGCCCGUGUUGGAUAAUGAACAUUGUGUUGCACAAACGAAUUACACACAAAAGAUGAUCACGAAGAAUAUGAUGUGUGCCGGUUAUCCGGGUGUGGGUGAGCGUGACUCUUGUCAGGGUGAUUCGGGUGGGCCGCUGGUGCGUAUGCGUCCCGAUGAUAAACGUUUCGAGCAGAUCGGUAUUGUAUCGUGGGGUAACGGUUGUGCACGACCCAACUAUCCGGGUGUGUAUACACGUGUCACCAAAUAUUUGGACUGGAUAAUGGAAAAUUCUAGAGAUGGCUGCUUUUGCGAUGAGGACGAUUGAGGCGUUAUUUGUGGUGGUUUAUGUGGGCGUGGUCGGGUACGAACUGAGUGCAGUGAAAAUAAUUUUUAUACUUAACAGAUUUAUAUUUUGAUAAUAUUUUAGGGGGGUCUCAAAGGAGGAUUUUUUAGGGUUGGUUUUGAUUUUGCCAAAAUCAAWUGCGUGUUGGCUUAUAAAGUAGUCGAUUAUUUUGUACUAAAUUAAUAUAAUUUUUUGCAUUCUUAUAUGUAAUGUG